AUCUAAGAGGUGCUUCACUCCAAGAAACGUCAUUAGAUUUGUGCCGUCAUGUGUCAUCUAUAAAUAAAAUAAUUAUAAAUUCUAUCAAUUAGACAAGCGCCUCUGAAUCGGCAUGGAAAUUUCGAAUGGAGAUAAGACUAUCUAUGGUUUGGUGCUGCUUCCGAGUUAAAUCGGCGGGCAAAGUUAUUUCAGUAGACAGACGGCAUUUGAGCGAAGCAGUUCACAAUGAGCUAUACCAAGAUUCUGGUUUCUUUGUUCCUAUCCAUGCUGUAUCCCUCGGUGAUUCAAUGCUCCGGGGAUCAGAGUCGCCAUAGGUUAUACCAACAAUCGGACGAAGCUAUAGCCACUAUAAGCAAUCAGUUAGUCUCCCAGGCCAUCGAGCUGGUGGACAGUGUAGUCGAGGACCUACUCAUCCUGGACUCCCAGAAUUCUAUAAUCCAGGGCUACCUGGAUAGAUUCGACGCCUUUACCGCCGUAAAUGAGACUAAGACGGAGGAGAAGCUAAAUGCUUUCUACGAUGUGGUGGAGGACUAUCUCGACUCAGACACCAAGGGGGACCCCGUGGAGCUAUCGAGCAUCGAGAGUCAGUUGAUCUCCCUUUGCCUGGAGCGCAAUGGAUUCGAUCGCUGGAAGCGGACAGUCCAGACCCGGACUACCCAGCUGAACAGGGUGAUCUACAGAAAGCUGAAGCGCCACAUGGAUACCCUGGACAACGAGGACAGGCUGGCGGUGGAGAGACGCUGGAAGAGAACGCUCAGCCGGGGCGGCCCCCCCAGACUUGAGAAGCUGAGGGAUUUCGUCCAGUGGCUGGGCAAGUUCACAGAUUAGGCCCUCGGAUCAAAAGGCCUUUAGGUUAGACUGAUAAGAGAAUUAAACAUCCACACGAGUACAUACUAAGCGGCAAGUAUAUAAUAAAAAGUAUUUAUAGCAAAAA